CCUCUCUCUCUCUCUCUCUCUCUCUCUCUCUCUCUUUCUCUAAUUAAUCGAUCCCCUUUCGCCUCUCCUUUCACCAAAAUGUUUUAAAAAAGAAGUAAAGAAGCGCCGAUUUGUUUCAAAGUCGAAAGUUGCGCUUCGUCGUUUCUCUUCUUUCUCUCUUCGCAUGGAUGAAAGAAUGGGAAGGAGGACGGCUUGUGGGCUCCUUUCUACUAGAGGAGGCUCGAUUCCUAUAUUCCGAGAAGAGAAGUUUAGUAACAAGAGUGUUAGAUGUUGCGAUCGUAUAAGUUGCAGUGCCGGUCUAUUUUCCAAAAAGGGCAAGCAGAUGAACCGCCAAGAAAAUGACGAGUCGGUAAGUGCUCCUUCUCACUCUACCAUCAGCAAAAUAACAAAACAAAGUUCCCAUAGAAAAUCUUUUCGAGCGAGAAGCGGCAGUAAUCAAAGAGACGUUGAAAGCGAUCGAGAAAACUCAUCAAAUCCCUCAGCAAUGCGUAAAGUUUCAUCGCAAAGCACUAGCUGCACUGAUAAAAGUGCUUCUCAUAGUGCACGAGCUGAUCGAAAGAAGAACAGUCUGACGAAUUCGAAAGACAGGUUGAUGUCUCUAGUCAAAAGAAGUGUGGCAUUGGAUGCUCUUCGGUUAUAUUGUCCCUCUUCAGAAAACCACACUAAUAGAGGGCUUAAGGAAUCGAGAAAAAGAUCAUUGAGUGAAGAGCGCUCAUCUUCUAAAAGUAAAAAUGCGCAAACUUCACCAAAUGCAUCAAGCUCAGGGUCGCCAAGUGCAUCAAGUUCAUGCUCUGUAAGUAGGGCUCAACAAGCCCCAAAACGGACCAGAACACAAAAAAAUGCAGUCUCGGUUAAAGUGCAGAAGAAUCCUAUUAAACAGACUCAAAGGAAUGCAUCAAAAAAGCAGCGGGAGGGAACAAGUCGAUCCUCUAAUAAUGCUAACUCUGUUGAUCAACACAGAGAGAUGAGAAUGGACAUUGAUGGGAUGACAUACGAGGAGUUGUUAGCACUGGGUGAGAUGAUAGGUAUUGUCAGCACUGGCCUGUCUGAAGAAGCACUGUCAGAAUGUAUAAAGAUUAGCGCAUAUGUGCCCCCCGCCUCGUCAAGGGCUGGCAGUUCCGAUUGCGAAGACGGUGAUAUCAGAUGUAGCAUAUGUCAGGAAGAGUAUGUUUGUGGUGAUGAAGUGGGCAAGUUGGUAUGUAAGCAUUACUACCAUGGAAGCUGCAUCAAUCAGUGGUUUCAGCUGAAGAACUGGUGCCCUGUUUGCCGAUUUUCCGCCGCCAAAUAACCUGUAGAAAUAUAGUCUCAAUGGAAGCUUCUAUACCUCCCCAUAAGCCUCUUGGUGUAAAUAAAAUAUUCAUCAUUUUCCAAAGAUGAUAUUCAUUUCGGCUGGAAAACUUACAACAACCUAUUUAACUUUAUUCUUUCAUUGUACGCUCAAACCAUUCAAGAGAGAAAAGGAAUAACUUUUUUCUUUUUCUCCCCU